AUGGCGUCGCUACGUCCAAUGAUCCGACUAGCCCGCACCCGAGCAGCUCCAGCUCCAGCUCUCUUCCGAGCACGACAACUCCGAAAGUAUGCGACCGCUUCCGACGUCAACAACUCAGCCCAAUUGCCCGACAACUACGUGCGCAUCGUCGAAGUCGGACCUCGAGAUGGCCUUCAAAACGAGAAGAAGUCCAUUACACUGGCAACCAAGCUCGAGCUUAUAGAAAAGCUCUCCAAGACAGGCUUAUCCUUCAUUGAGGCAGGCUCGUUUGUCUCGCCAAAAUGGGUGCCGCAGAUGAGCAACUCGAGUGAGAUCCUGGAGCACGUACUAGCAUCACGGAUCCCGUCACCUGUUCCAAUCACAUACUCUUUCCUUGCGCCGAAUGCCAAAGGCGUGGAAAACGCAACCGCCAUCCUGCAAAAGAGCCCCGAUGCGUACCUCACUCAAGCCCAAUCUAUUGCCGGUGCAGAUAACAGCGGCAAGCCUGCUCUGGAAUUGGCCGUCUUCGCCGCAGCGACCGAGAGCUUCUCAAAGAAGAAUCUAAACUGUGACAUUGCUACAUCGCUCGAGAGGUUUAGAGAUGUUAUACAAGGGGCCAAGAAUGCAGGAGUUCGGGCUCGCGCCUAUAUCUCGGUUGUGCUGGGUUGUCCCUUCGAGGGUUACGAUGUGAACCCUCACAAAGUUGCAGAGAUUGCAACCUCACUUCUUGAAAUGGGCGCCGAUGAAAUUUCGCUCGGGGAUACCACGGGCAUGGGCACUGCGCCUCGUACCAAGGAGCUGCUGAGCUGCAUGUCGGCUGCUGGUAUACGCAAUGAAGAUAUUGCCAUGCACUUCCACGACACAUAUGGCCAAGCACUUGUUAACACCGCCAUCUCUCUGGAACAUGGCAUCAGGACUUUUGAUAGUGCAGUAGGCGGCCUAGGCGGCUGUCCGUACAGCCCUGGAGCCACUGGCAAUGUGGCCACUGAGAACAUGGUCUACUUCCUGGAGAGCCUCGGCAUGGAAACUGGUGUUGACUUGGAUGCCGUUUCUGACAUUGGCCAAUGGAUCACUGGGGAGAUUGGCAAGCCAAAUGAUGCUGCCGUCGGAAAGGCCGUCCUAGGCGCUCGUCGUGCUUCUGGAUCAGCAACGGCAAAACUGUAG